CCAGCUGUAGGUUUCACAUGAACAUCGCCCAUAUCUGAGUAGGUACUGGUUUGUGGACACAUCAGACUGGGAAUAUUCGUUCAUUUUAAGCAACAGAAGAAGAAGAAGACUAACAAGAGAAGAAUGGCAAGUGAAGAAGUACGCCUUUCGAGACUGCGAAGGACGUUGCAUUCCUUAGCAACUCGAGUCCCAAAAAUAAUUCUGACACGAGUUGACUGGACAUUUCCUGCUUUGAAGAAUCAGGCUAGUGUAAAAUUAAGUGCAACAGCGCACCUGAAGGGAGUUAAUGCAGAGGAACGUCUUUGUGAACAGAGUGCAGGAUUGCAAGAGUUAUACGGAGGAGAGGACCUUCAUACGUGCGAGAUAUGCAAGAAAUCAUUCUCUCGUAAAUAUAAUCUAUCCGGACAUGCAAGUGGAAGCAGCAGAGAAACAAUGUCUCGUUGUGAAAUGUGUAUCACAUCGUUAACUCCUAAGCGUAGUGAAACACAACGAUUCGGUGCUGCUAUACGGCCUUUUACAUGCAAUGUAUGUAAGAGAAGUUUCACUGGUCGCGCUAAACUAGAAAAUCAUAUCAGGGUACACACGGGAGAACGGCCAUUUUCCUGCGAACUGUGUAAGCAAAGAUUCACUCAGCUCCAUAACCUAUACAGGCAUCGAAAAGUACACAAUGGAGAAAGACCAUUUUCUUGUGAAGUGUGUAAAAAGGCUUUUGCUGAGAAGUAUACCCUGCAGAAACACCUCAGAAUGCACAGUGGAGAACGGCCUUUUUCGUGCAAAGUGUGUAAGAAAACUUUCGCUAAUAUUUCGAACCUAAACAUUCAUCUCAGAAUACACUCUGUACAACGACCUUUUUCGUGCAAAGUGUAAGAAAAAUUUCGCUCACAGCUCGAACCUAAACACCCAUCUCAGAAUGCACAGUGGAGAACGACCUUUUUCGUGCAAAGUGUGUAAAAAACUUUCGCUCACAGCUCGAACCUAAACAAGCAUCUAAGGAAGCACACUGGAAUACGACUUUUACUUGCGAUGUGUGUAAGAAAAUGUUCACUCGUCGCU